GGAACGGAUAUGGUUCUGGAAAUAGUGGUAUCAACAGAUGGAGUUGAGCCGCUGUAUUUCAUAACCCCCGAUGAUCUGACGUAUCAAGCUCGUUGCCCAUUGAAAGAUGCGAAACAGCUGAGCCCGAACACUGAUCUCACCCCGAAGAUUGAGAGGUGA